AUGAUGAAGCGAAAGGCCGAGAAGCAACAAGGCGCUGGCCCGGUCAGCGCUAUCGCGGCGCGCAAAGCCCGACAGCAGCAGUCGCAAGCUGUGUCGAAAGUUGCGGUAGAAGUUGAGCCAGUAUCUGAGCCACCUCUUAAAAGACCACGACGAUCCCUCGAAGGAGAUAAGCCCGCGAAGUCAAAUGCCACGGAGGCUGUCAAUCACCGUACAAGAUCAUCCAAUAAACAGGAGGUGCCAUUGACUUCGGAGGCAAUACCUGAGCGGCCCAAGAAAUCCGCUUCUACUCAAUUGGAGCAGCAGAGUGAUACCUCAGAGUCUGACGAGGAAUCUGAUGAGGAGGAACUCGAGGAAACUCCAGCUGACGGUCCCGAUGGAAGGACAGAAGAUGAACUCGCAUCAGUUUCCAGUGACGCUGAUGGAUAUGAAUCACCCACGGAAACUCCAGUAGAGAUGCAAAACUUCCCUCUGUCCAAGAUUCGAUUAAACAGGAGUAAUCUCGUCCAUGGCGAUGGCAGUACCUUGUGUAUCCGCCUCCGAGAGAAAAUGAAUCUGACACUGCUAGGUCAAUAUGAUCUUUGGGUUAAGAGAGGAGUUGUUAGUGUCAUGGGUGCUAAAUUGCACCCCUCACCAAGGUUGUACAGGGUCCAUGCCCCGUCAACUCACUCCCUACCUGUCAUAAAGUGUGUUGCGGGCGUCGACGGUGAGGCAGAAGUAGAGAUCAAGUCGUGUAAUAGCGGCCUCUCUCGUCUCAAGGACAUCUCUCCCUUGUAUCAAAAAAUUUGGAAUGGCGAAAUCACGGCUGCGGAUAAAAUUUCCUUGAAAGGCUCGCUUGAAGAUUCUCGGCGGACCUUCUCUCUGCUUUACACUUCCGCAGACGAUUCCUUGAAAAGACACCUGAGACCUCUCCAUCUUGACAAAAAAUGGAGUGCGUCGAUGAAGGCACUCUCACAGAGACAGGGACGACUUCGUGUUCUAAUUUGUGGUCCAAAGGCAUCCGGGAAAUCUACCUUUGGUCGCUACCUAUUGAAUCAUGUUCUCAGCCCUGCACCCGAUACUGAAACCGGAUAUGUCAACACUGAUGGUGUUGCUUUCCUGGAUCUAGAUCCAGGGCAGCCUGAGUUUGCCCCUAUGGGCCAAGUAUACCUCGCCCACCUACACUCUCCAUUCUUCGGCCCACCUUUCACUCAUCCGUCUUUGGACGGCUCGCGUGAUGGUCGCAUUGUACGAGCGCAUCAUAUUGGGGCCACUUCACCCAAGGAGGACCCUGAUCACUAUGCUCUGGCUGUAAUGGAUCUGAUGGAGCAGUACCGAUCAAUGCUAGCCCAAUACCCCCAGUGUCCACUAAUCAUUAACUACCCUGGCUGGAUCUUUGGACAAGGAUUGGAGGUGGCAACAUGGUUGAUCAAGACUCUUGGGCUUUCUGACGUCGUUUACAUGAGUGAAAAGGGACCAGGAGAAGUUGUGGAGCCUUUGAGACUUGCCGCAAAUGAAGUUCAAGUUCCUCUGACCAUUCUACCAUCCCAACCUACCGACUUUGUUAGUCGGUCGAGCGGCCAAUUACGGUCAAUGCAAAUACAAUCUUACUUCCACCAGUCUCAUCCAACCGACCUCAGCAACCCAAUCUGGCAAGGAAGACCUCUGUCCCGCACCAGGCCAAUUGCUGUGGACUAUGCUGGUGAGAAACAAGGAAUUCUGGGCAUUAUGGUCAUGGGAUCACAAAUCAACCCCGAUAUGCUACGGGAAGUUCUAGAAGGUGCAACUGUUGGUGUAGUAGCCAUUGAAUCGCGAAAAGCAAUUAUGGGCUCAAGUUCGACAUCGGACAAGUCGGAGGUCAAUGAAAAUGACCUUGAUGCAGACGAGGAUACCCAUAUGGGCCUAGACAAAGCUAGUGAGGGCACAACUGCUUUCUCAAAUGAUGGCAUCAUUAGAACCUCAAAAGAGGACCUUCCAUACCUCUUCACCGGAUCUGGGAGCUGCAAUCCAUUGGAUCCCAAGGCGUCCAAUUGUCUAGGUCUGGCUCUGGUCCGCUCGGUUAAUGUGUCAACUCACAAAAUUGAGCUAUCUACUCCUAUAUCGUCUCCCCGUCUACGUGAGGCCAUCGAGCAGGGGCAUGAAAUCGUCCUUGUACGUGGUCAACUGGACAGCCCUAAUUGGGCCGUCAGCGAAGAGUAUUAUGCUGCAAGAUCUGCUGAGAGAAAAUAUCAGAAAUCUCUUCUUCCAGGCAACAAGUCGAAAGACACUGCCAAGGAAGACCAGCAAAACCUGACUAUCUCUCUAUUGCGGGAGAGAAUCCGCCGGGUAAGCAAUGUGCCUUGGAUGACAGUGGUGGAAGACAAUAGCAAGCGUCAGCGUGAAAAUGCUGCUCGGCGCGAAACCUCCUUGUGGAAGUUGAGAAAGAAGGCCUAUCCGGCUAGUGAUAGCGAAACAGAUAGCCAAUGCAUCAUCGAAAUGGCUUCUACCGAGGUGAUCCCCCACAAUUCUUUCGACACCAUCCUGGUGCUUGACAAUGGCUCUCAAUACACUCAUCUCAUCACUCGUCGUCUCCGUGAGAUCAAUGUUUACUCUGAGAUGCUGCCUUGCACCCAGAAGCUUGCCGAUCUGACCUGGAAGCCCAAGGGUAUCAUUCUUUCCGGUGGUCCUUACUCUGUCUAUGAGAAGGAUGCUCCUCACAUCGAUCCCGCCUUCUUCGAUCUUGGUGUUCCAAUUCUGGGUAUCUGCUACGGUCUUCAGGAGAUUGCCUACCGUCUGCAUGCCGAGAAUGUUAUCGCCGGUACUGCCCGCGAGUAUGGCCAUGCUGAUCUGGUCGCUUCUCGCUUCGGUGGUCAUGUUGACAAGCUUUUUGAGGGUCUUGAGGAUGCCAUCACCGUGUGGAUGUCCCACGGUGAUAAGCUGUGCAACCUGCCCGAAGGAUUCCACACCAUUGGCACAACCAAGAACUCAGAGUAUGCUGCUAUUGCCCACAAGACUGAGCCUGUCUACGGUAUUCAGUUCCACCCCGAAGUGACCCACACCCCUCAGGGUGGUCAGCUCCUGAAGAACUUUGCUGUCGGCAUUUGCGGUGCUAAGCAAACAUGGUCUAUGUCCGAGUUCAUUGGACAGGAGAUCACCCGUAUCCGCAACCUUGUUGGCCCUGUUGGCCAGGUUCUCGGUGCCGUCAGCGGUGGUGUCGACUCCACUGUGGCUGCCAAGCUCAUGACCGAGGCCAUUGGUGACCGUUUCCACGCCGUCCUUGUUGACAACGGCUGCAUGCGCCUCGACGAGUGUGCCAAGGUCAAGGAAGUUCUCCAGGAGCAGCUGGGUAUCAACCUGACCGUCGUUGAUGCUAGUGAGGAAUUCCUGGCUGGUCUCAAGGGAGAACACGACCCUGAGAAGAAGCGCAAGUUCAUCGGUGGCAAGUUCAUCGAUGUAUUCGAGGAGGAGGCCCGAAAGAUCGAGGCCAAGAGUGCCGGCAAGGUCGAGUGGUUCUUGCAGGGCACCCUCUACCCUGAUGUCAUCGAGAGUAUCUCGUUCAAGGGCCCCUCUCAGACCAUUAAGACCCACCACAACGUCGGUGGUAUCGCUGAGCGCCUCAUGGCCGGUCACGGUCUGAAGCUCAUCGAGCCUCUGCGUGAGCUGUUCAAGGAUGAAGUCCGUGAGCUCGGUCGCCAGAUGAAUAUUUCCGCCGAGCUUGUCGGCCGCCACCCCUUCCCCGGCCCCGGUCUCGCUAUCCGCGUUCUGGGUGAGGUUACCAAGGAGAAGGUCGACAUGGCCCGCAAGGCCGAUCACAUUUUCAUCGGUAUGAUCCGCGAAGCCGGUCUUUACGACGAAAUCGGCCAGGCCUACGCUGCUCUUGACCCGUCGCGGGCCGUCGGUGUAAUGGGAGACAAGCGCGUCUACGCUAACAUCAUCCUCCUCCGCGCCAUCUCUACCAAGGACUUCAUGACUGCCACCCCAUACCCCUUCAGCCACGAGUUCCUGUCCAAGGUUUCCACCCGCAUUGUGAACGAGGUGGAUGGUGUCUGCCGUGUUUGCUAUGACUACACCAGCAAGCCUCCUGGUACCAUUGAGAUGGAGUAA